UUUUUAUUCUUUUCCUUCUUUUUUUUCUUUCCUUUUGCAAAAUUGAAAGAAUACGUUUGUUUAAUCAUUUGCCAUUCUGACCACAAAAGUGUUAAUCCGGCUUAGCAAUGCUUCAAUUCUUUUGUCGCCAACUUCAAAAGGUGUACCCGAGGAGAAUAAUUAGAAAACUCACUAAUCAUAUGCUGUUCUUAUAACACUCACUCACUCACUCGUGUUAAUUGUAACAAAGCAUAAAACACCUUACUGCAUAUUUUUGCUCAUGGAAGAUAUACAUAUAACAAGAUUUCAAAAGGACAGUAAAAUCAAAUAGAAUUUGUUUAAUCCACAGCGGGAAGAUUGAUUAUUUAUUUAUAUCAACAAAAAAACCAAGAAGAGCACAUGAGGAAGAACUCAGGAAACGCACAAUUACAAUAAUUUAGGCGUUGUCAUUCUUUGAAAUCACUAGAGAAGACGAAGAAGACGAAGAAGGAAGGUCAAUUUGAAGAAGAGAGAGAAAGAGGAAGACUUUGACUCGUCUUCUAUUUAUGUUCUGAAAGGAAUCUCGAGAUUUGAUUAGAUGGGGAAUUGUUGUGGCAGUCCGAGUUCGGCUACGAGCGAGAGUAAACAAGGGAAACCAAAGAACAAAAGCAAUCCUUUUUACAGCAAUGAAUACACUGCAACAGAUAGAUCUGGAGCUGGGUUUGAGCUCUCCGUGCUGAAAAACCCUACAGGACAUGAUAUAUCUUUGCAGUAUGAUCUGGGGCGUGAGGUUGGUCGAGGCGAGUUUGGUAUAACUUACUUGUGUACUGAUAAGGAGACAGGUGACAAGUAUGCCUGCAAGUCUAUAUCGAAGAAGAAGCUGAGAACAGCAGUUGAUAUACAGGAUGUUAGGAGGGAGGUUGAGAUUAUGAAGAAUAUGCCUAAACACCCUAUUGUCGUCUCUUUGAAGGAUGCCUUUGAGGAUGAUGAUGAUGUUCAUAUAGUUAUGGAGUUGUGUGAAGGAGGGGAACUGUUUGAUCGGAUUGUUGCUAGAGGUCAUUACACUGAGCGUGCUGCUGCCGCGGUUAUGAAGACUAUUGUUGAAGUUGUUCAGAUAUGCCAUAAGCAGGGAGUGAUACAUCGGGAUCUUAAACCAGAGAACUUUCUUUUUGCAAAUAAGAAAGAGACGGCACCCCUCAAGGCCAUUGAUUUUGGAUUAUCUAUAUUCUUCAAACCUGGUGACCAGUUUACUGAGAUUGUUGGAAGUCCUUACUACAUGGCACCCGAGGUGCUGCGACGAAACUAUGGACCUGAGAUCGAUGUGUGGAGCGCAGGAGUCAUCCUCUAUAUCCUUCUUUGUGGUGUCCCGCCAUUUUGGGCCGAGACUGAACAAGGGGUGGCUCAAGCGAUCAUUAGGUCAGUAAUUGACUUUAAGAGAGAUCCAUGGCCAAGAGUUUCUGACAGCGCCAAAGACCUUGUGAGAAAGAUGCUUGAACCUGAUCCCAAAAAACGGCUUACUGCUGCACAAGUACUCGAGCAUUCGUGGAUACUGAAUGCAAAGAAGGCUCCAAAUGUCUCUCUUGGGGAGACUGUGAAAGCAAGGCUCAAACAGUUUUCUGUUAUGAAUAAGCUCAAGAAACGAGCUCUUCGGGUGAUAGCUGAGCACUUGUCAGUGGAAGAAGCAGCCGGGAUAAAGGAAGCGUUUGAAAUGAUGGACGUAAACAAGAGAGGCAAGAUAAAUCUUGAGGAGCUUAAAGUUGGACUUCAAAAAGCUGGACAACAGAUUGCUGAUGCCGAUCUUCAGAUUCUUAUGGAAGCUACUGAUGUUGAUGGAGAUGGGACACUGAACUACGGCGAGUUUGUGGCUGUUUCGGUGCACCUUAAGAAGAUGGCGAAUGAUGAACACUUGCAUAAAGCUUUUAACUUUUUUGAUCAGAACCAGAGUGGUUACAUAGAGAUUGAAGAACUUCGUGAAGCGUUGAAUGAUGAAUUGGAUGAUACUAGCAGUGAGGAAGUUAUUGUAGCCAUCAGGCAAGAUGUUGAUACCGACAAGGAUGGGCGUAUAAGCUACGAAGAGUUUGUUGCGAUGAUGAAAGCUGGGACUGAUUGGAGAAAAGCGUCGAGGCAGUAUUCCAGGGAAAGAUUCAACAGUUUGAGCCUCAAGUUAAUGAGAGAUGGUUCAUUGCAAUUAGAAGGCGAGACCUAAUAAGAAGCAUCAGUACUGAUGAGAGAAUGUCAGAAAGACAUAAUUACUACGUUCUAUAAGCAUUCAACACGGUAGUAGUGAUAGGGGGCUUUAGGUGUUUUUUUCAAUUGUUUGAAAAGUUCUUCUUCCUUUGACAGCGAUGGGAUGUGAUGAUGAUAUGUCAACAAGUUUCUGAGUUUCCAAAGAUUAUUUCUUUAUAAAAAUAUAUUCUCAAAUGA